CUCAUAACGAGUUCAUGAUUUUGAAAACACAAACCACUGGUGCUAUUUCUCGUAAAGUAAACAUUUUAGGUAAGUCACCACAAUGAGCAGCGAGUCAACAAAGAUAGCCGAGCUCCAGCAGCGUCUGGAGGAGGCCGAAAAAAAUACAAUAAUGGCAGCGACCUAUGGCAAACAGCUGCUGGACGAGAACCACGAACUCCACUCCAAACUAGAAGAAACCAUUAAGGAAUAUACAAUUAAAAUGGAGGAACUUGAGCAAGAGAAACAUUGUGUGACACUCAAGCUGGAAGCAAAACUGCAGACUGAGCGAUCAUUAGCCUUAGAAUUAGAACAGUUUCGGGAUCAGCAGUCACACCAGAUCAAGUCUGCUGUGGAACAAGCAACUCAGGAGCAUGCUCAGGAGAUGAACAAGCAGUCAAAGAAGAUGACAGAGUUAAAAGCUGUGAUCGACAGUCAGCAGAUUGAGAUCAGCCAAGUGAAAGACCACACUGACUUGCUGGAAGCUCAGCUGAAAGAAGCACAGGAGAAACUGGACAUGUGUAACGUAUCCAUCCAUGAGCAGUCAACAGAUGAGGCCACAGCUUCUAUGCAGAGUCAGAUUAUGACAUUGACAUGUGAAAAGCAGGACUUAGAAACACAGGUGUCAUCACUAAAUGCUCAGGUGAAGACCAUGACACACAAACUGUCUCAGGCAGAGAAAGCAGUAACGAGGCUUGAGGCAGAAGUGGAAGAGAAGGAAUGUCAAUGUACAUCAUAUUACAAUACCCUGGAGCAUAACAAAGAAGAAAUGAUGGAACUCAGGAUGGAGAUAGAAAGUCUGCGUUUAGCUGAAACUGAUCCAGCCAAGAAAGGAAAUUCUCUCUUUGCUGAAGUUGAAGACCAAAGGCAGGCCAUGGAGAAGAAGCUGUUAUCCUACAAAACAAAUUACAAUGUUGUCAAAAAACAGUAUGACCUCAAGACUGAACAGAUUAACAAAAUGAAGUUACAACUGGCUUCUUUGCUGAGUUUAAAUAGCAGUAAAGCAGACACUGAAUACCUGAAUCAUCUGGAGGAAUCACUAGCCCUGGCACGUACUCAAUUGGCUGAUUCUGGGAAAAGGUGCCGUGAUCUUGAGGCCCAGCUGAGUGCAGUGGUCAACCCUCAGAUGGAUUCUGGUGAAGGUGAAGAAAACAAAGAGACAUUCUUCAAGGGGAUGUAUUUAGAGAGUCAACAAAAACUUGCUGACCUUGAGCAGGAGUUACAGAGUGCAAGAUUUGAUAAAGUUGCACUAAGUGACCGAAUAUUACAAUUACAACGGAAGCUUCGUCAGGCUGAGGUCACAAGAGAUGCCUCUAAUUCAGAAGCCAUCAGGUUGCGAGUGAAGUUGGAGGAGAUGGCAAUAAAGAAGGGUGAAAAGAUGGAUCGUGAGUCAAAGAAUCUGAAGCAAGUAGUGGAAAAGAUUCCAGGUUUCCAGCCUGCCUCCAAGCAACCAGAAGAAAUACAGCAGCCUCCACAGCCACCAACAGCUGAAGAGAGCAUGCCUUUGAAGGAAAAGUUGAUUGACAGAAACACACUACAGGAAGUUGACAAAGAAACUGUGAAAACUGAGAGAGAGUCAGUAAAUGAGGAUUCAGAAAAUGUAGCACCAGCUCCAGAACCCGAGAUGAAAAAGAAAGCAAAGAAAUCUGUCCGUAUGAUGGAGACAGUUGCUGUUCAAGAGUGUGAUGGACAGGUACAGGAAGCAGAGAUGAAAAAAGAGGAUGGACUUGCAAAAGCAGAACGAAAGAAAAAGGUCUUAAGGAAGUUGGAGGCGCCUGUGGUGAAAGUUGGCAAUGGAGGCCAACCCAAUGAAUGUAAUCAGCAAUAGAUUUGUGUGUAUUUUUAUGUGUGCGUGUGUGUGUGUGUGUGUGUGAGUUUGUGUGUAGAUAAAGAUCAUAAGUACAUUUUAAUAGAACAUGCAUAAAAUCUUUAUGUACGAAAUAUAUGCACAUACAUUGCUCAAUUUAAAGAACAAGAGACUGAUGUUCAAUUAAUUUUCCACUAAUUUUACAAUGUUUGCUGGUCAUUCUCUCCUGAAAUAAUACUUUUCAUAAUCCUGUACCUCAAGAAAGAGGUAACUUUUAGAUCUGUAAAUAUGAUAUGUCUUUGUUUUUAUUUCUGCUUUUUAAUUUUUUUAUUUUUUAGCAAAGGACUAUUGUAUUUUGGUAACUAAGUUUUACAAAUGAUUGUGUGUAUACUAUGCCUGAUAAUCUGAUUCUUCUUCACCUUUUAAUGUCAUGUGUAAUCUUUAUUUAUAAAUAUAUGUAUAUUGUUAAC